CGGUCUCUCUGAGCACUAUGAAACAUUUAAAAUGGGAUUCUGGGUGGUGGAGAACAAAGGAGCCACCCUCUGUACUGUGUUGCUCAUAUACACAUGCACAAAAGGGAGAGUGUCAUUGUAGAGCAGUGAUGAAUCCCCCUAGACAGAAUGCACGCUGGGUUUCACAUGAUCACGUGGGUGAUUAUUUGAAUAGUUGAAUCUGUUGUGUAAGAGCAGUGCUAGCUGAAGGAGAAACACUGUUCUGGUACACAAUGUCCUUUUGAUUUGGUCUAUCAUGAUAUUCCUAGUUUAGGAGGGGUGGUGGAGGUAAACAAAUGCUAACCCAAUGCUUUGCCUACUACCUCCUCUCAUAAAUUUCCAUGUGGGUGUUUUCAUGUGUUUGUUUGCAUUGAAGGCUGUUGCUGUUGAGAGGCGGAGGCAGCCUUCCAUUGACCAGAUAAAUGCCUAGCUAAAGCUAAUAGUUACCAUGAUGGUGCUGCCUUACCUAGCAGGGCUGUCCAUCUGCCUGGCCUUGACCCUCAAUUUGUCCCUUCUACAGGCCUUCUGAGACUGACGGACAGACAGACGCAACACGCCUGAGGGACAGACACAAGGACAGCACCAGAGGAAGUCUCCACAGCAACAAGAGGUCUACCUGCCUGACCGACUCCGUCAGAUAAGGCCGACACACCAGUUUUCAGGCGUGUUCCUCUCUGCCGCCUUCAAGAUGAACAGGUUGGGCCUCCACAGGGGGCAGUGUUGAAGGCUGAGCCCCAGCCCGCCGAACCCCCAGCCGAGACUCUGCUAAACCCAACACACACGCACAGAAGGUCUGCCACACACACAACCUGAGAUCAGGAGCUACACCCCCACGAUACAACCAGCAUCUCCUGAUAACGGCCGUGUUUACGUGUGUACGAGGGAGCUGUGUGGUGUUCAGUGACGGGGAAAGGAGAGAGGAGAGAAACUGCUGAUCCGCCGAGAGGAGAGGAGGGGAGCGAGCGGAAGAGGAGGAGGAGUGUGUGAGGAACGCAGAGGGAGAAACCCAAUCCUCUUAGGUAGCAGAGCUGAGAGCUGAGGACGGGCGUGCCUGGGAGCCAGAGAGAGAGAGGUAGGAGAGUGCAGAGGUAGAGGGAGCCCAGAGACCAGCCCAGGCUGAGUCGGAGCAGCCAGACAGGCAGCGCGUUGUGCAUCCAAAGAGGUGGAAAGGCGAGCAGGGCCAAAGCCGGAAGGCGACUCAUGGGCUAUGGGGGCCAUAGUGACCUAGCGUAAAUGGCUAUCCCUCAGCACAGCUUGGUGCCCGUGUCUGCUGCUCAACCCUCCCCCUCUCUCUCCUCCUGUGUCCCUGCCCGCUGCUGUGCCCCGUUGCUGUUCGUCCCUGGCGCUGCCUUCUGCUCUGCGCCGGCACUGCCCCUGUCGUGCUGCGGCCAUGGUGGCCAGCCUAUGGAAGCUGGUGCGGGGCGUCAGGCAACUGGAGCUCCAUCGCCUCAUCUUGGCGCUCAUCGUCUUCUGCCUUUUCUCUAUGGCUUUCCUGGCCUAUUACGUCAGCAACAGCCCCAAGAUCAAGGAGGCCCCCCCGCUGCCCUUCAGUGACUGUCGGGGGGUGCCGGCGGCUGUGGGAGGUGGGCAGCAGGCGCCCCUCUUCCUGCCUCACUCGGGUCGGCUGCGCCAGGUGAAGGCCAUGGACAACUCUCGUACGGACCCAGUGGUGCUGGUGUUUGUAGAGAGCAUCUAUUCUCAGCUGGGGCAGGAGAUCGUAGCCAUCCUGGAGUCCAGCCACUUUAGCUACCGCACCGAGAUCGCCCCGGGGAAGGGAGACAUGCCCACGCUAACGGAGCGCAACCGCGGACGCUAUGCCCUGGUCAUAUACGAGAAUUUGCUGAAGUAUGUCAACCUGGACGCCUGGAACCGCGACCUGCUGGACAAGUACUGCAUGGAGUACAGUGUAGGCAUCAUCGGUUUCUUCAAGGCCAACGAGAACUCGCUGCUCAGUGCCCAGCUUAAGGGCUUCCCUCUCUUCCUGCACUCACACCUGGGCCUGAGGGAUUACCGAAUCAACCACAACGCCCCACUACUCUACAUCACCAGACCCAACGAGGUGGAGCAGGGCCCCCUGCCCGGGGACGACUGGACCGUGUUCCAAUCCAACCACUCCACCUAUGAGCCUGUCCUCCUGGCCAGCACCAAGUCCUCUGACGCCCUGGCCCACCUGGGGCCGCUCAGUGCUAUGCACGCCACCGUGGUCCAGGACCUGGGGCUCCACGACGGCAUCCAGAGGGUCCUGUUUGGAAACAACCUGUCCUACUGGCUGCACAAGCUGGUGUUUGUGGACGCCAUCGCCUACCUGACGGGCAAGCGGCUCUGCCUCUCGCUGGAGCGCCACCUGCUGGUGGACGUGGACGAUAUCUUUGUGGGCAAGGAGGGCACCCGCAUGAAGGUGACCGACGUAGAGGCCUUGCUCAAUACUCAAAACAAGCUGCGAACGCUGGUCCCUGAUUUCACCUUUAACCUCGGCUUCUCUGGAAAGUUCUACCACACAGGCACAGACGAGGAGGACCGGGGAGAUGACAUGCUGCUAAGACACAGAAAGGAGUUCUGGUGGUUCCCCCACAUGUGGAGUCACAUGCAGCCCCACCUGUUCCACAACGUCAGCGUGCUGGCUGAACAGAUGAGGCUCAACAUGCUGUUUGCCCAGGAGCAUGGGAUCCCUACAGACAUGGGCUAUGCUGUGGCCCCCCACCACUCAGGGGUCUACCCUGUCCACAGCCAGCUGUACGAGGCCUGGAAGUCAGUGUGGGGAAUCAAGGUGACCAGCACAGAGGAGUAUCCUCACCUCAGACCUGCCCGCUACCGCAGGGGCUUCAUCCACAGUGGCAUCCAGGUGUUACCCAGACAGACAUGUGGCCUCUUCACUCACACUAUCUUCUAUAACGAGUACCCAGGAGGCUCCAAAGAGCUGGACAAGAGCAUCAGAGGAGGAGAGCUGUUCCUCACUGUCCUCCUCAACCCUAUCAGCAUCUUCAUGACCCACCUGUCUAACUACGGGAAUGACCGGCUGGGCCUGUACACCUUUGAGUCCCUGGUGAAGUUUGUUCAGUGUUGGACCAACCUGCGGCUGCAGACCCUGCCCCCCACGCAGCUGGCUGACAAAUACUUCCAGAUCUUCCCUGAGGAGAGGGACCCCCUCUGGCAGAACCCAUGUCAGGACAAGAGGCAUAAAGACAUCUGGUCGAAGGAAAAGACCUGUGAUAGACUACCCAGGUUCUUGGUCGUAGGCCCACAGAAAACAGGCACCACAGCCCUGCACUCAUUCCUGAGCCUCCACCCUGCCAUCACCAGUAGCUUCCCCAGUCCUGUCACCUUUGAGGAGAUCCAAUUCUUUAGCGGGCCCAACUACGACAACGGCAUUGACUGGUACAUGGACUUCUUCCCCUUCCCAUCGAAUGUCAGCACAGACUUCAUGUUUGAGAAAAGUGCCAACUACUUUGACACGGAGGUAGCCCCUAAGAGAGCGGCGGCCCUGCUGUCCCGGGCCAAGAUCCUGGCUGUGCUCAUCAACCCAGUGGACCGCGCCUACUCCUGGUACCAGCACCAGCGGGCUCAUCAGGACCCAAUGGCCAUCAACCACACAUUCCAGGAGGUGGUGACAGCGGGGCCUGCCUCUCCCCGAGAGCUGAUCAUCCUGCAGAGACGCUGCCUUAAACCUGGGGCCUACGCCACCCACCUGGAGCGCUGGCUACACCACUACCAGCCCAGCCAGGUGCACAUAGUGGACGGGUCCCAGCUGCGUUCCAACCCUGCCCUGGUCAUGGAGGGCAUCCAGAGGUUCCUGGGGGUCACACCCAUCUUCAACUACACUCAGGCUCUGACAUACGAUGAAAGUAAAGGGUUCUGGUGCCAGCGGGUGGAAGGUGGACGACCCAAGUGUCUUGGCAAGAGUAAAGGCAGGAAAUACCCUGACAUGACCCCUGAGUCGCGUGCCUUCCUGACGGAGCAUUACCGGGAGCACAACAUGGAGCUGCUGAGGCUGCUGAACCGGCUGGGCCAGCCCCUGCCCGCCUGGCUAAGAGAGGAGCUGCAGAGCUCCAGCUGGAGCUGAGAGUGGAACCACAGUCUGGAAUGGAGCACUGCCCCACCCGGCUUGGCCCGGGGGGAGAGGGCCCUGUUCACCCACACCCACACCAGUCACUACAGAGGGUGGAUGAGGUGAGAGGGCGGGAGGACAGCCCCCUAUCAGGACAAUGGACUCCGAAACGCCACUGUAACAACCAAACCUCAUGGGUGGAAUAAUGACCUCUAAUAAGAGAGUUAAUGAGUUGGACUGAAACACCUUGCAGUCGCACACAUCGUCUUCAUCCAGAAAGUAGAGGACUUGUCUAAGCCUGCAGACGGUUAGACUGACUGAUGCCAGGGUCUGGUAGACUGAGAGGGGGUGGGGGAGGUCUAAUGUCACCCGACUAUUUAACAGGAACUGAACUCACAGGAUAUCCUGUGACCCUGUAGCGCAUGAAUGAGCUCGGAAACAUACGUGGUCACAAGAUCACACACACACACACUUCUCAUUUCUUCAGAAGAAUGAUUGUAAAACGUUGUACAUUUUAAAUCUGUUGUAUAUUUUGGGCGGGGGGGGGGAAAUGUGACAGAAUAGACAUUGACUAAACGAGACAGCGUACUGUAGUGCUCUGGACAGAGGCGUGUGCCGUAGGAUGGAUGUGGGGUAUUAAUCACAUGCCACAGCACCUCCAGACUCUCUGUGCAUUCCACUACCCCAGAGCUGUGGCUGACAAACUGUCUACUAAAGGCCACAGUCAACAGAGAAACCACACACUUUAACAUGCACUUUCCCCAACUCUCACAUAGGUACCCAGCUAGUUUAGAGCUGCGUAGAGAGAGGAGGAUGAGCUAGAGGGAGAUGGAAAAAGAGAGGGUCUAUGUCUCUCUGCCUGUGACUGUCCGUCUUAACAGGAGCUGCUGUCUUGUUUUGUUUUGUUUAUUUUGUAAAAACUACAAAACAAAGACCAACGCUGUAUCAUCUCUAAUAAACUCAGAGAGGUUGGAA